AUGCAGUGGCGUGCAUUAUUUAGAACAACGACUCACAGCUAUGACGUUGACGACGUGGUCUUGCCCGAGUUCUGGAGGCCCACGAGCGUCAACUCCAUCUCCUCCUUCCAGAAGAGGCUCUUGAACCACUCGAUGAUUCUGUUUAUAAAGCCCAGCAAUCUUGGUCCGCCCCGCGAAACUCCGCCGCCACGACCAACACUUUCCCUCGUCGAGGACACAACCAGACACAACCGACUCACGCGACAAUAUGACUGGGCUGCUACUAGGCUGGCUCAGCCAAUACGGCUGCUGCUCAAGUACACUGGGACUGAAUUUGAAGAUGUGCAGUAUGACACUGGUGAAUCGUGGUUUUCGGUCAAAUUCACUCUCGGACUUGACUUUCCAAAUUUGCCUUAUCUGUUUGAUGGAGAUUUGAAGUUUACUGAAUCAAGGGCCAUCAUGCACUAUAUUGCUAGGAAGAACAAUCUUUGUGGCAGUACCGAGCCAGAGAAGGUUGCCGUGGAAAUGGUCGAGGGAGUGGUUGAUGGAGUCAAGAGUAGGUUCACCGGAAUGUGCUACAAUGCUAAAUUUGAGGAGAUGAAACCGGAUGUGAUGAAGUACGUGAAUGAGAAACUGAAGGUUCUCUCAGCGUAUCUUGGAGAAAAGAAAUGGUUUACUGGAGACGCUGCAUUUCUGGAGAGGUUUGAGCAACUACCUGCCAUUAUGGAGUACAUGAAGUCCUCCGAGUUUAUUAGUAGACCUGUGAAUAGCCCGGAGAGAGCUCAGUGGAAGUAGCUAGAAAUGUCGCGACAGACAACUUUUUUUAGUUGGGUAAAAAUGUACAUUUUGUAGACACUUAACUUAAUUCAUAAGUAGCUGAGCAUUGGCUCGAUUAACCUGUCCAUUGUUUGGUGGUGGAUUAGCGACGUAAAAUAUCUUUGUGCUAAAUUAUGUACACACAAACACACUUACAAACAAUAUACAAAAUAAUUGAAUCAGUUCAAUCAGUGUCGGGAAUGGGUGGUGGAUUUCUUGUGGAGCCGGGAUAGUUUGGAGAAUAGAGCUGUCCUUUUGUUCGUCUGACAAGCUUUCGGUCCGCUACCCACUGGGGCCCCCUCCCUUCUCUCUCAAACUGCUCCACCAUUCUGCCCCGCCAUUGCUCUAGAGUCGACCGCCACUCAGGCUCGCCCGCGAGGUUCGUCAUCUCGUGGGGGUCAGAGUCCAAGUCGAAUAGCUGCUCGUCAUCAAAGUACGCACGGAACACGUACUUUGUGUGACCAUCAGUGAGAGCGUUCCAGUGGUUGGUGAUGUUAUAGCAGGUGCUGUGCUCCAAGUCCAGAUAUUCUCUCCAAGUCUCCCCUUCCUGUUUCUGCUGUGAUAUGGAGUUCUGCAGCUUAUGUCCAGGUUGUGAUGCACGCAGGAGGUUCAGUAGAGAGCUUCCAUUGAGAGUAUGGGCCACAGGGACACCAGCAAUAUCCAGAAACGUUGGGAAAAGAUCACGUAACUCCACUACUUCUUCCCUCACCGAGCCUCUAGGCUCAGAUAUAUCUCCUCCAGUUGGUGGGUGUGGCCUCCGAGACAUCGGCCAUUUGAACAUCAUCGGGAUAUGGGACGACCCGAAAUAGGGGUAGGUCUUACGGAAGUGGUAGUGGUCGCCAAGCAUGUCCCCGUGAUCAGCUGUAAAGAGAACAAAAGUGUCAUCUGCCAGACCCUGUUCUUGGAGGACUGUCAGGAUUUCGCCCACCCAGGAGUCUAUGAACCCCACGUUGCCGUAGUAAGCCUGUCGGGAGACACGGAGAGUGUCCAGGCUGAUGUUCCCACACCAUAUCCCGGGGUCAGGGGUCGUGUUAUAGUUGACGGCAUACCGAGAAUCCCAGUUUCCACCUGUGUACGGAUCAGGCAUGUGUGUAGGGUCAUACUGAUCCAUGUAGACCUUGGGCGGAUCAUACGGACUGUGCGGUCGAUGAAAAGACACUUUGAGGAAGAAGGGUCUCGUUUGGUCGUACGUCUUGAGA